AUGUCGUACGAUACAGAAGUCCUCAUUAUAGGCGCGGGCAUGAGUGGCCUGGGCCUUGCAGUCCAAAUCAUUCGAAAGUACGGUCUUCGCAACUUUGAGCUCAUCGAGAAAAGUGACGAUGUUGGUGGCACCUGGCUGGCAAAUACAUAUCCAGGGUGUGGAUGCGACGUUGCCUCGCACUUCUACUCAUACAGUUUCGCAUUGAACCCGAACUGGUCACGAAAAUACUCCAUGCGCCCGGAGAUCCAAGCCUACUUUCGUUCCGUAGCUGAGAAGUACAGAGUCGUUGAACACGUCCGCUUCCAUUCCAUUGUCGAGAAAGCAGCCUGGAAUGAUAUUGAAAACGUCUGGGAAGCAACCAUCCUAAACUUACAAACCAAAGAGCGAACAACGAGGCGAGCGAAGGUAUUAGUCUCAGGUGUCGGCUCACUAUCAGUUCCAAAGACGUGCGAUCUACCCGGAGUAGACACGUAUGAGGGCAAGUUGUUUCAUUCUGCCCAGUGGGACCACAGCUUCGACUGGAAUGACAAAGAUGUCGUUGUACUUGGCAACGGCUGCUCAGCGACUCAAUUUGUUCCUAUCAUGGCUAAUGAACCCAAUCCUGUGCGUAAACUUGUACAGUUCGGACGACAGGCGCAGUACCUCGCAGAACGUCAGAACCCACAUCAUUCGGAGACAUUCAAAGCCGUGAUGCGCUACGUACCAUUCGCAAUGCGCCUCUACCGCGCAAAGUUCUACUAUGACAUGGAGCGCGACUGGAGUGGGUUUGAUAUCGAGACGGGUCGUAGUAUACGACAAAAUCUGGCGAAAGAGAAUGAGACAUAUGUCAAGAGCAUGGCGCCGCCAAAGUACUGGAAUGCGCUCAUUCCAAAGACCGAGAUUGGGUGCAAACGGAAAGUGCUGGACACAGACUAUCUGAAGACAUUAUGGAGGGACAAUAUCGAGCUCGUUUCCGACGAUCCGGUCGAGAGAAUUACCGGCAACGGUGUGGUGACAAAGAGUGGUCGCGAAGUGAAGGCUGAUGCAAUUGUGCUUGCGACCGGAUUUGCAACACAGCAGAUGCUAUGCCCGAUGGAGAUUGUGGGGCGUGACGGACUUAGCCUGAACAGAUAUUGGGACAAGACUUCACAAGGUGUUGCGCAAGCGUAUUUUGGAACUGUGGUCCCCGAGUUUCCAAACUUCUUCAUCCUCAUGGGGCCAAACACUGUCACUGGCCAUCUGAGCGUCAUCUACACCGUCGAAUGCCAGAUCAACUUCACCCUCCGACUUCUCGAGCCUAUCUUCAAAUCACUCCCAUCAUAUCGAUCGCGGUCAUUCAUUCCCCAGAUGCUGGCGCCACCGCCAGCGACUGUGGAAGUCAAGUACGACGCCGCAAUUGCAGAUUCGCACUGGACACAACAGGCAGCCAGGAAGCUAGUUUGGGCUUCUGGCUGCGUCAACUGGGCUGUCGAUCCCAAGACAGGCCUGAAUAACAUGAUGUACCCCGAUUGGCAAUUCCUAUAUUGGUUCAGGAGCAUAUUUUGGAAGAAGAACGACUUUGUUUAUCGAAACGAGAAGACUGGCGAAGAGUUCCGACCGGGCACAGGCAAGAAAAUCUUUUGGCUAGCCACUGCAGGAGCACUUGCGACAAGCGCCUUCUUAGGACGAGACUGGAUCCAGGACGAACUGCCUCGGAGACUAAGAAACUUCGAUGCUAGGUCACUGGUUCAGAGGUUGACUACCUGA